UAGCGCUGUCAUUAAAUUAGAAAUUGUGUUCCAUUCUAUCCAUUUUCAUUUAUAUGUAAUUCGUUUCGUCAAAUUUAAUAAGACUGGACACCUUAAUAUUUCAACAAUUAUUUAAUCAGAUGUAUAAAAUCAUCUUAAUGAUACUAAAGCAACAACUUAACACUUGUUGAUUUAUAGAUGCUACUUUUAAGCAUUAUCACAGCAUUAAGUGUUGCUAUGCAGAAUGAUUACAGGGACAUAAGUUUCGUAAUUUUACAGCCUAACACAAGGGAGACAAUCAACUACUUUAAAAGGAAAUUAUUAAUAUAUUAAGUGUCAUUAUAUUUUAAUCAAUUUAUAUGUUUAUAUUUAUAUAGACGUUAUGUAACAAAAUAACAUAUUUAUCUUAGUGGGCGUUUAUGUAUACAUUUUCAAAUACAAUUAAAUCCCCGAAACAAAAAGAAAGUCAAAUAAUUGUUACCAUAUGUCAAAGAAACAUGGAGCAAAUUACAGAACCGCGUGUUAAUCUGGAGGGUUUCAGACCUCUCAUCAUUGCAAUGGAAAUCGUUGGAGCAAUACUGAUAAUUCUAGUUGCAGUUUGGUGUGGCAGUUAUAGAGGUGGUUUUGCUUGGAAUUCUAAUCCAACGUUAGAAUUCAAUUGGCAUCCUCUUUUAAUGGUUAUUGGAUUCGUAUUUCUAUAUGCCAAUGGUAUGUUAAUAUAUAGGACACAGAGAAAUACUCGGAAACGAAGAUUGAAGCUAAUUCACGCAGGCAUAAUGAUAUUAAUUGUUGCAUUAGUUGUAAUUUCUCUUGUGGCUGUGUUUGACAGCCACAACUUGCAAUUGAAACCAAUUCCAAACAUGUACAGUCUUCAUAGUUGGAUUGGGCUCACUAGCGUAAUUUUAUUUUGCUGCCAGUGGCUUGCUGGAUUUCUGUCUUUCCUGUAUCCGGGAUUACAACUUCCAUUACGGGCUUCUUACAUGCCAAUACAUGUAUACUUUGGAAUCGCAGGAUUCGUUGGUGUAAUUGCUUCCUGUCUUCUAGGCCUCAAUGAAAAAGCAUUUUUUGCUCUAGGAAAUAAUUAUCCAAAUCUUGUAGACGAAGCAAUAUUAAUUAAUGUAAUCGGACUUAUGUUAAUCCUUUUUGGUGGAUUAGCGGUUUAUUUGGUAUCACAAGAACGUUACAAACGUUUACCUAGAGCAGAAGACGAAGCACUAGUUGGUGGCAGAGCACAGUAAACGAUUAUGGUAUAUAAAAAAGCUUAUUCUUGGCUUUCCAACAUAUAAACAAAUUCCUAGUUAUACUUUCAUAAUAAUUAUAAUGUCAGUUCUCGAAAUAUUCCGAUUCGUUUAUGUAUCUUGUUUCUAUGAUCGACUUUCAUGAUCUUCGAUUAAAGAUAAAACUGUUA